CUUCCUGCGCUCGACUUUGGAUUAGGGCACCAUCUUCAUCUUCGAGAUCCUUCCUUUGAAAACGCUUCCUCUUCUAGCGUUCAUUUUUGUAACUCAAUUUUCACGAUCUCAGCCGACGUCGCGAUUCCUCUUCCUGUAACGGAUCUUCCACCCUCCUAUAUAUCGAGAUCUUCUAUGGUCAGUUUUCGUUUGUCACUAAACUUUUCUAAGCCGCUUUCACCUUCGUUUAAGUUUAAACUCCGUCGCCAAACUCCUCCUAGAUGAAUUGGUGAGGAUUAUUUCGAUUUUAUGUGUUUUUUAAUCCCAGAGAACAAAGCUUUUCGUUUCUUAAUUCACAUUGUUUGGAUUUUAUUUGUUUCUUUCUCCAAAGAACAAAGCUUUCCGUUUGGUUAGGAUUGUUUCGAUUUUGUUUGUCUGUUUUUCUUUCCGAAUAACAAAGCUUUAGUUUGAUUAGGAUUGUUUCGAUUUAGAUUGUUUGUUUUAUUUUCUGCAGAACUAAGCGUUCGUUUGGUUAGGAUUGUCUCGCUAUUAUUUGUUUGUUUUCUUUUCCAAAGAACAAAGCUUUCUGUAUCUUCCUGAAGCUUUCUGUAUCUUCAUAUAGAUUUAUUUUUCUGCAAGACUCCGCUAAUCGGGCCAAUCGCUACCAGAACGAUCGGAAAACCGGUUUUAGUUGAACGUUUAUCUUGCCGCAACAAAUAAAAAAUACAUAACUGAGAAAUUAACAUAUUCGAACGUCUCUCUCUCUUUCAGGUGCAGCAUCCGAGGCCGACGAAUCAGGGGAAGAUCAAUGAAACCACCUAAUGCAGUCAAACAUGCUUCUUCCCGAUGAGCAGCAACGAGCAGCUUCUGGCGUUGGCAAGUACCAACAAAGAACUACCAGAUAUUGAUAGUAAAUUAAGUGCGAUCAGGAGCACAAUCACAUACGGUCCCUACGGAUCCCAUCGUGUAAUGUGUAAUGGUGACUCUGCGCAUGGAAGGGUAAUCUGUAACCGUAAUGCUACUUUAUGCAGGUUUCGUCGAUUACUGGCCGUUGAAUAUGGCAAAGAUUGUGCCACUUUUGUGGUCUUUGAUACCGAGAUGUCUAAACUCACCAAAACGAAACCAGCUACACUAGCUCUGGAGGAGCGGCAGCAAGUACCUAAGGCUCCACCACCUUCAGAUCGCAUCUCGGGGAGGUAAUCCAGAAGGAACCUAUCUCUUUGGCGUGCUGCUUAUGUGUUUUGGUUAGGGUUGAAAAGGGUUAAAAAUGAUCAACAACUUAACCGACACCAAAGGCAUCAGUGUUGUCGAACGCUGCUGGGAAACUAUCCAGAUUGCACUGAGCGGGUUUACACUCGAGAGGAAGAAUGUGUAUUUGAAGUCCUAUGGAAGCAUGCAGUCCGAACUUUAUUGCCACUCCGAAAAGCUCAACACCCCAUGUAGUAAGUGUUUUCACUUCUUCCUGGUAUCUGAGUUCAUCGAGAUGAUCAUGGGUCUCAACACUAUCGGCCACCGUUGACGAGUUCAUGAUAUUUCAACCCCAGUUUACUAAGUUUUGUUUUCCCCUAAUAAUUGUGUUAUUGACUUUCUUCUUGAAAAGGAUGAAACAACAAUUUUCCAAUUCCUGUUGUUGCUGAUCGUAUACUCGAUCCUUUUUUCCAUGUUUUCCUACUUCAAUGAUUAAAAAGGCGAUGAUAGUUGCUAAAAAGAAAAAAAAUGCCUCGGCUCUGUUUCUAAACAGUUUUGAUAUA